UGAAGAUGAAAACAACAGUGCAUAAAUGAGGAAUAAAAGUUUACCAGUUAAUGUCUACACAACAUAUAUGGAGUGUGUUAAGAUGGAGACUGUGUUUGUUAAAGAGGAGAGUAAAGACAUGAGUGAUCCUGAACCAUGUAGAAUGACAAAUGAAGAUAGUGAGGUACUAAAAGACCUGAUGGAGGUGAAAGUGGAAAGUCAAGAACUAAAUGAAGUGGAAGAAAAACAUCAGUAUCAGAAGCGUCAUACGUACAAAACCGAAGAACAACCUUGCUCACAGACUGAAAAUAAUCUCUCACGAAAACAACCAGCAGCCAAAAGUUGUUUUACCUGCCUCGAGUGUAGAGUGAGUUUCUCAUCUAACUCACAACUUAAAAUGCACAUGAGAAUUCACUCUGGAGAGAAGCCUUUCACUUGCACUCAGUGCGGAAAGAGUUUCACACAACAAGGAAACCUUAAGCGGCACAUAAGAGUUCACACUGGAGAGAAGCCUUUCACAUGCACUCACUGUGGAAAGAGAUUCAAAGAUCAAUCACAACAUAAGAGUCACAUGAGAAUUCACACUGGAGAGAAGCCUUUCACGUGCACUCAGUGUGGAAAGAGUUUCACAGAAAAAAAAGACCUUAACCGUCAUGUGAGAAUUCACACUGGUGAGAAGCCUUUCACAUGCACUCUGUGUGGAAAGAGUUUAGCAGAUAAAUCACAGCUUAAGAUUCACCUGAGAAUUCACACUGGAGAGAAGCCUUUCACCUGCCAUCAGUGUGGAAAGAGUUUCACAGAGAGAGGAAACCUUAAACGCCACAUAAGAAUCCACACCGGAGAAAAGCCUUACAUAUGUCUUCAGUGUGGAAAGAGUUUCACACAAGCAAGCCAUCUCACAGUUCAUCGACAAUCUCACUCUGGAUUGAAGCCAUUUAACUGUGAUCAGUGUGGCAAAAAUUUUAAGUCGGAAUCACAUCUAAAGAAGAAACACCUGAAAACUCAUGCAAACGAAAAGCCUUACCUGUGUUCUUUUUGUGGAAAGUGUUUUUCACAGCUGAACUAUUUUAAAAAUCACCAGAUAAUACAUACCGGUGUGAAAGUUCAUGUUUGCUCAGAGUGUGGGAAAGCCUUUAGGAGAGUCGACGAAUUAAAAAUUCAUCAAAGAAUUUAUACAGGAGAAAAACCUUACAAGUGUUCACAUUGUGGAAAGAGUUUUGCUCACUCAGGAAACAUGAAAAAACACGAAAGAGUGCAUACUGAAGAGAAGCCGUACCACUCCACUUCAUGUGGGAAGUUUCACCCAUUCCAGUACUCUACAGACUCAUGUAAAAAGCAUGGCCUAAUGGAAGUGAAAAACGAAAGUCAAGAACUGAAUGAAGUGGAGGAGAAACAUCACUAUCAGAUGCCUCUUGAUUCUGUAACUGGAGAGAAAUCGUUUAGUUGCUCACAGACUGAAAUGAAUUUCUCACAACAAACAAGCCUUGACAACCAUAUAAGAGUGCAAUCUGGAGAGAAGCCUUUCACAUGUCCUCAAUGUGAAAAGAGUUUCAAACAGAAAAACAACCUUAAGGAACACUUAAGAAUGCACACUGGUGUGAAACCUUUCGUAUGCCCUCAUUGUGGAAAGAGUUUCACACGCAAAUAUUAUCUUAACAGUCACGCAAGGAUUCACACUGAAGAGAAGCCUUUUCCCUGUUUCCUGUGUGGAAUGAAAUUCAAAGAUAAAGUAAACCUUUAUAAGCACAGGAAAAUUCACACUGGAGGGAGGCCUUUCAAAUGCCCUCAGUGUGGACAGGGAUUCACAUAUUUAAAUAAUCUUCAAUAUCAUCAGAAUUCAAAGCACUCCGAAGCAAAGUCAUUUAACUGUGAUGAGUGCGAUAAAAGUUUUAGCUCUGAAUCAGACCUGAAGUCACACCUGAAAAAUCAUGCAAAGAAGCCCCAUUUGUGUUCCUCUUGCGGAAAGAGUUUUUUGUGCCCGCACCGUUUUAAAGCGCACCAGAAAAUUCAUACCAGUGUUAAAAUUCAUGUGUGCCCUGAGUGUGGCGAUGCCUUUGGAGGAGUCGGCAACUUGAAGAUACACCAAAGAAUCCAUAUUAAAGAAAAUAAGUGUUUAUACUGUGGAAAGAGUUUCACUCAUUUAGAAGCCCUGAAAGCACAUGAGAAAGUGCAUAUUGGAAAGUAGUCAUAGCUCUAGCCUUCAUGUGGGAAAGAGUUUCGCCCAAUCAAGUCCCAAUGAGCUAGGUUCAUCUUCAUGUCCAAUGCUUUAAAAGUGUGUAAAAACUGUUAAGAAUGAAAUGGUAGUUUUUGCAAUAAAUCAAUAUUAUUUUAUUGUGUCAGAGGCCUACCCAGUCAAGUAGUAACCAGACAGUUUUUGAAAAGAUUAAAGUUUUUGUCAAAAUCUUGAUUUUUCGAUUUUGGUUGCUGUAAGAUGAUGUUAGUACUAUCAUGAAAUUCAAACUAUAAAAUUUAGUUUUGCUCUUUAAUGCAAUGUGUUUAAUCACACUGUCAGUUCAGAUGGGAGCGCUAUAUAGCAUCUCUCCUCCAAUCAGCGCUCCUCUUUACUGCAAAAUUACAGCACAAAAAACACAAUCAAAUGGGUCAUUGAAAGACACAAUGCCACUGGCUGAAAUGAUCAUCUCUGAUGUUAUAUGCGAAUCUGCAUUUCAGCCGAAGGAAGACGCCAAUCAUAACUAUCACUAAGCCGUGUACAUACCUCAGGAAUGUUAUCUGAUGUCUACCAUUUGCCAGCUUGAUAAAAUGAACUGUAGAGCAAAAUAUCCAUCACUUUCAGAGAUUCAGUUUAUACUGAUACAGCUCAUUGCAAAGAAUUGAACUACUUCGUGCUGGGGGAUGCACAAUCUGUGAAUGGAAUCAUUACAGUCAGUUUUAUGACGGCCAGCAUUCAAAUGAUUAUAUCCUGGCAAAGAUUUAGUAUAAAAACUUAAUUUAGGAUGAAAGCAUAAAAAUAAUUUCAUUGGAAAGCUAAAAAAUGUCUUUUUACUUAAGUGCAUGAAACUCUAAAUGUGAUUCUGGGUCAAUGAGACUCAAAAUUAUGGUGCAGCUCACAUAUAUGUAAUGAAUAAUUGAUGAUGGACCACCAAUUAUUUGGCCUUUGCAUUGUUGUACAUUUAUUAUUCAUUAUUUUAUUCUGCUUGUAUGACAGUUACUGCACCCCAAAACAUCUUUUAGGGUUUUAUCUCAGGACAUUUUCAGGUUUGCCACAAAUAUUAAUAAUUAAGAUAUUAUAGAAAUUGUUUGUCAUUCUUAAUUGGUUUACUUACCCAAUGUUUUAUCUGGUUAUUUUGCUGUCUUAGCCUGUACGGCUCUUUGAAAUAACUGAGAUAUUUUGUAUAAGUGAUUUGGAACAGUUAUGGGGUCAAGACCUGGACCAACUUAAUAGAUGUGCGUCUGUCUUUAGAGCAUCUUUCAACAAAUAAGAAUGUAUACAUUUGUACACAGUAUAUAUAAUUUAAAGGAAAUGGAUUUUGGUUAUUCCAGGGCAUGGUUGAAAAUAAUUGUCAUUCAUUGCAUCAAGGGUUGUAUCAUGUAAAACCUGUAAAUAUCCAGAAAUUAAAAAAAAAUAAUUUUGAGGUAUUUUGAGAGAUUUGAAAAUCUCUCAAAAUGUAUAGUGAAUGUAAUUUUGCUAAUUUGUAAUCAAAUUAAAGAAAAAUAAAUACAUUUAAAAAAAUCUUAAAUAAACAGUAUAAUAUAAUGUCUUAAUUUUAAGGAUUGGUAGGCUAAUGUAUAGGAAUAAGUCUAAAAGAGAACCCUUUCUGUAAAUAAUCGUGCAACUCGUCCAUUCUUAUCACAGAUAUGUUAAAAACAUUAUAUAUAUAAACAUACUCAAUUGUCACCAUGUUUCCGAAAAGAUUUGUUAAAAAAUAUAUUGGGUGCAUCUGAACAAGUUAUUCAGCAGCAACUGUGAUACAAGUGUGUAAUUUGUUAGGACUUCCAUUCAGAUCCAGCUGGUUUCAGUUCCUUUUCAUAAGAACUGAAUAAUUUGAGAAUUCACUUUUGAAACGUACAAUAUUGAUGUAUUGACCUGUUUCAGUGACAUCACUUUUUCCUUGCAGCUGCCAUUUUUGUGACCAUCAGGAAGAAGCAAUGGCGAUGAAUGGAAAAACACCCAUCAAACAAUAUCAAGAUAAACAUCAAACAUUGCUAUAUAUAUCCAUGCCCCAGGAAAAGUGUAUACAGGUCUAAAGACAGCACAAAAAUGGCCAAAUUUGAGUUUCGCUGACAUUUAAAUAUAUUUAUAAAUGAUACAUCUCUGUACACCAGCCAGUCUGAUGUGUGUCCGGUACAUCAUCGUAGACAUCUCUCAUUCAGAAGUUUUCUAGUCUGAUUUGGUAACAAUUACAAAACAUCUGAUGAUCCUGUCUAUAUGAAAGAGCUGCUUUUAACUCAUUAAGAACGCACAGAAAGCAAACAAGGUAUUUGCAUUAGUGUAUAUGACUAAUAAUUGUACAUUGUACUCUGGUGGUGCACAUAAAGUCUGUGCUUCAUUAUCUUAUGACGUGUUUUUUAUUAACUAACAGUAUAUACAUAUUACAUUAUAUAUUGACAUUAUAGUAUUUUUUAUUUAUUUCAAAACUUCUUGAUACAGUCUGGGUGUUAUGAAUUUAAUAUCAUCCUAUGUGCAUUUCCAGUUUAAGUGUAUAUGUUAGAAAUAAAAUUGUCACGUGUACUGAUAACUGAGCUGUUUGAAUAAAUUAGC